GACCGAAAGACAGGGAGGAAUAGAGUCUGGGCAUCGAUUAGAAGAAGAGCAUGUCAGUGAAGAGGAAGAGGGAGGAGAGGAUGAUGCAGAUAGAUCCGUCCCUGGAGGCAGCAGUAGAUGAGGAAAGAGCAGUAGAAGAGGGUGAAGAUGGUGGUCGUCUGGUGGAAGAAGAAGAAGAAGACAAGGAGGAAGAUAGCCAUCGGGAGGAGAGCCAGAAGCCCGUAGAUAUGAUCAAACAUGAGGUUAUCUCUCUUGUUUUGUGUUCUUCCCUUCUGUUACGUGUUAUGAUUUGGCUUUUGGAGUUGAUGCAGCUGUGCAUGUUACAAUCUGAGUUGGAUCGCGUCAAGGAAGAGAACAAGAUGCUGCGAGCGGUGGUCGAUCGCAGCCGGAAGAGCUAUUACGAGCUACGGAUGAGAUUUAGAGACAUCCUGCAACAGGAACAGCUAAAAGUAAUCAUUCCCUCCCCUUCACAUUCCUCCAAUAUCCAUAGUUCAACUCUCCUGUGAAUUCCAGGUUUCUCUUUCGCUUGGAGCAGAGAGUUCUCAAGAUCCGAAGAUGGUGGGGGCUGAUCGAGGCAUUGACUCAGACGACGCUACGGAGUUGAGCUUGUCUUUGAGUCUGCAAACACAUGCAGAUCCACAUGAAGGAGUGAAUGCGAGGGCGGAGAAAGGUAAGGGUUCGAAAAGCUCGGCACCACUCCAAGAUGCGGCCAUGAUCACGAGUCACAGCAUCAAUCCAGCCACCAGAAGAACUAGGGUUUCAGUGAGAGCAAGAUGCCAAGGGCCUACCAUGAACGAUGGAUGCCAAUGGAGAAAGUAUGGGCAAAAGGUUGCCAAGGGGAAUCCAUGUCCGAGAGCCUACUAUCGGUGCACGGUCACACCAGGAUGCCCGGUCAGGAAGCAGGUGCAGCGAUGCCUGGAGGACAUGUCGAUACUGGUGACCACCUACGAAGGAACACACGACCAUCCCCUACCUGUUGGUGCAACUGCACUGGCUUCCACAGCAGCAGCAAAUCAUAUGCCAAUGAACUUGGCAGAUUCCUCAUCUUCCAUUGUAGGCAGCAUACCUAACCGUGUGCCAUCAGCUUCCUUCAGCUCUUACCUAGCGAACUCUUCUCCACAUCUACCAACCAUGGACGGCUUGGCAACUUCUCCCAGCUAUUCCUCCAGCAUCUUCGGUGGAGGCAUCAGCCAUGGCUACCCACACUGGAGCAACUUUGGAUCAAAAGAAUGGGGGAAGUACCAGUAGAAGUAGCAACAAGGUCUGGGUUUAAGAUUAGACAUGUCAUGACCAUGUCAGUGUCAUGCUACUUGAUUCAAGUUCUUUGCU